AUGGCAAGCUUUUUCAGGUUCUACAAUCAGUUGCUCAAGGUGCACCCAUACAAGACCAACAUGGCCACCACCGGUGUGCUCUUUGGUACUGGUGACUGUUUAGCUCAGUAUCUUUUCCCUCACCACAUCGAUGAUGACGUGAAUAAGCCUACCGUGUUCCAUUUUGACAGAACUCUUCGAGCGAUGAUCUACGGAUCGGUAUUUUUUGCACCUAUUAGUGUCAAAUGGACCACCAAAACGCUUCCUCAUAUCCACAGUCCAUUCCUCUCGGCAUUAAGAAGAUCCAGAAUGUCUCUAAGGCGUAUCGAAAUCCACGACAAUCUCUUCCGUCUCACUUUGGAUUCUUUGCUCAUGCCUAGUCUUGUGUGGAUCCCAAUGUAUAACACAGUGAUGAGUGCUCUUGCACUCCAUGAGGACUUUUUAGAUGUGGCAGCCGAGAAGUUAAGAAACAACUGGUGGAAUGUGUUGAAAGCCAACUGGACGGUUUGGCCUCCUUUGCAGCUUGUGAACUUGUUUUUUGUUCCAGUGCACCUUCGUAUUGUGGUAGCCAAUGUCUGGUCCAUCGGGUGGAACUGUUUCUUGAGACUUCUUUUUGGUGCUGGCGAUUACUUGGCCCAGCGUAUAGCGAUUUCAAAGCUGGAAACCGACGAGAAGUACGAUUAUUCACGAAGUUUAAGAGCCAUCAUUUAUGGAGGUAUCAUCUUUGCUCCAAUUGGAGACAAAUGGUACAAGAUCUUGAACCGUGUGAAUAUCCCAGGAUAUAAAGACUCCAAGUUUGUCAAUACAGCUGCACGUGUGGCCGUGGAUCAGGGGGUUUUUGCGCCAUUCAUCGGUAUUCCGCUCUACUACUCGAUGAUGACGGUAAUGGAAGGAGGAGAUGGGAUUGCAAUCCAAAAUAAAAUUAAAAGAAACUGGUGGGACACAUUGACGACCAAUUGGAUGGUUUGGCCUGCAAUUCAGGUGUUGAACUUCGGAUUUGUUCCUGUUCAGCUCCGGCUCUUUGUGGUGAAUGUGGUGAGUAUUGGAUGGAACUGUUAUUUGCUGAGUGUAAUGAAUGACAGCAUCAACGAGGAAAUGAUCAUUUAG